AUGAACAUUUUCAAAUCUGUUAUGCGGAAGCAGGAGAUGGCUUCGAAUCCCGCUGCCGACGACACCUGCUGCGCAAUAUGUUACGAAAAAGUAGGCGAGGCUAAGGAGGAGGGCGACAAGGAGGUCUGGCGAUAUCUCCCCUGCGGCCACCGCUUCGGCGGCGACUGCAUACAACACUGGCUCGGCGUCGCCAGCGUCGACGAGCCGCACUGCCCUUGGUGUAGGCGUACUCGCAAAACAUCCAAAUACUUUCGUGGUCAGCUUCUACCGCGGCUCAACUCUCUCAUCCACUCGCUCGAUCACAACAUGGCGUCGAUUCCUCAAGAGGUGCCCAAGGAACAGGAAGAAACACCAACAAAAGAACCCUGGGAGGAUCGCGAAGUAUGGAGAAAGAAGUGGACCGAGCAUUUUAUCCAAGAAGAUCGGAAAGCUUCUGGGUCGAAAUCGCCAAAGAAAUAA